UUAAAAAUUGUGAAAUUUCCCCAACCGUGUUGUACCCGAUUUUUCCACCUUGCAGCGAAAUCGUGUCGUCCGAGGGAAAGCCGUAUUUAUUUUUUAAUAGAUUAUGAGACUUACGUAUACUUGAAAUGCUAGGAAACCUACAAUUAGCUUAGGUUUUCUUGGUCUUUUUGGCCUACGGAAUAUUUUAAUGGCUUACUUUACAUUUUUUAACGGCUUUAUUUAUCGUCGUCGGAUUUUUUUCUAUCCGUUCCACCCAAAAACCUACUACCUACUACCUUCGUCUGGCGUUCACGCCGUUCUUUCGUUCUGGCGUAUUUCCAAGGCCCUUUCCUUUAUCGUAUUUCUCGAAAUUUAAAUAAUUUCAAUCACUUUUAUAUUUCUUAGUUUUUAAGAUAACGUAAAAUGUAAAAAAACGUGUGAUAUAACUUUCAAUUUUAUGUAAUUUGGUGUCUUUGUUUUUUAUAUAAAUUUGUAUCGGCCGCUUUUAUUUCUUCUUCUAACUCUGCCACAGUGCGUAGUCCACUCGGACGUCUUAAACCUGUCUCAGGAUCGGCCACGCGCCGGGCCCUAAGUUCGUAGCCAAAGAUAUUCGCUGGGAACUUAGGACCCGGUAUGUUUUUGGGUGGAACGGGUAAAAAAGCCGACGACAAUAAAUAAAGCCGUUAAAACAUUUAAAGUGAUUAGGAAAGAAAUUAAAACGAACGGACGGAAAAGAACUAAUUUACGGAUAAUGGCUUUUGUUUUGCAGACGGCCACCAACGGGACGGUUCGCCGCAUUCCUUUGGAUGGUCACAACGUCGACCUGGACGACAUCUUCGACCUGGCGGUGGAAAAGGGCCUGGCGGUGGUGGACGAGUCCACCAGGCGGCGCAUUGGAGAAAACAGGAAGCUGCUGGAAGAGAUCGUGGACCGCGAGCCGGUGUACGGUGUCACCACCGGAUACGGCGAAAUGGUGUACAUAACCGUAGACAAGUCGAAAGAAACCGAGCUGCAGACCAACGUAGUCAGAAGUCACGCCUUCUGCGUGGGAGACCGCCUAUCCAGAGAAGAAUCCAGAGCCAUUCUAGCCGCCAGAAUCAACGCCCUGUGCAGAGGUUAUUCGGGAGUGCGAGAGGAAUUGGUGGAGGCCAUGGUGGCCUUCCUCAAUCGGGGCAUCGUGCCGCUGAUCCCGGAAGCGGGAUCGGUGGGAGCCAGCGGAGACCUGGGACCUCUGUCUCAUGUGGCCCUAGCGCUGAUAGGCGAAGGAUACGUCUUGGACGACAACGACGAGAGAGUGCCCACGGCGGAGAUGCUGGCCCGACGGAACUUGCGCCCGUUGGAGUUGAAAUACAAGGAAGGACUUGCCCUGAUCAAUGGCACCUCGGCCAUGACCGGAAUGGCCGCUCUGAUAUUGCGCCGGGCCGACGAUCAGAUAAAACAGGCAGAAAUCGUGGCGGCGCUGGUUUUAGAAAACCAGAUGGCUUCCGACGGGGCCUUUCGACCCGAGGGCCACGUCUUGGGACGGCCUCACCCGGGACAGAUCGACAGCGCGGGCAACGCGCUAAAGCUACUGGAAGGAAGUAAAUUAAUUCGCACUCACCGGGAAUUGAAAACGGAACUGGGCCAAGUGAGGAACAGAAGCGCCGGCCAGAGCGAGGUGUAUCUGCAAAAAGCCUAUACGCUGAGAUGCAUUCCUCAGGUGACGGGGGCCGUCAAAGAGGCGGUAGAAUACGCGCGGAAGGUGGUGACCAGGGAGAUAAAUUCGUCCAACGACAACCCCCUUUUCUUCCCGGGAAAAGAAGUGUUUCACGGAGGCAAUUUCCACGGUCAACCCGUGGCCAUGGCCAUGGACUUCGCCUGCCUGGCGCUGACGCAGCUGGGAGUGGUCUCGGAGAGAAGGACCAACAGACUGUUGAAUCGCCACCUGAACAACGGAUUGCCGCAGUUUCUGGUCAAGUCGGAUCCGGGUCUAAACUGCGGACUGAGCGGACUGCAGUACGCGGCCUGCGACCUGGUGGCCGAGAACAGGACCCUUUGCACACCGGCCAGCGUCCAGAGCAUCUCCUGCAACGGAGACAACCAGGACGUGGUCAGCAUGGGCUUGACGGCAGCCAGAAAGUGCAAACGCGUCCUCAAAAACAACUAUUACAUCUUGGCCAUCGAACUUCUGGCUGCGGUCCAGGCCGUCGACCUGGCCGGCCAGUACAACCGAUUGAGUCCGGUGGGAAAAAUAACUUACCAAACGGUGCGUUCGCGAGUGCCGACGGUAGACAAAGACAGGUGCAUGAGCGACGACGUGUACCGGAUCGCCGGGCUGCUGCAAGAAGCCGAGCUCCUGCAACGAGUGACAGAGGCGGGAGUGGACAUUAAAUAAUAUUGGGCAGAGAGCCACAGGGCCGACUGCACCGCGUCGUCACCUGGCGGAAGGCGCGGAUGUCGUAAAUAACUGUUCUGUCUAAAAGUGGACAUUUCGACAGUAAAUGUUCGUCUUUCGUGCACAUUAUCAUUCACGAUAGUUUAAAUAGCAUUAUUUUCGUAUCGGAUUUUAUUAAAAUUUUUUGUAAUUCGCCACUUUUGUAAUAACAAUAUAGUAAGUAAGCAAAAUAAAGUUACUACUCUAUAAAAA